GAGCGGGGCGGUGCCGGGGCAGUUUUUACGGCGUGAGGGGCCGCGGCGGGACGAUGGACGACUUUCAGGCGGGGGAGGAGACAUCUUUUGUUGUUGAUGAAGUCAGUAACAUCAUUAAAGAAGCCAUUGAAAGUGCAAUAGGUGGCAAUGCCUACCAGCACAGCAAGGUGAACCAGUGGACAACAAGUGUGGUGGAACAAUCUCUAAGCCAGCUCACCAAGCUGGGGAAACCUUUCAAGUAUAUUGUGACCUGUGUGAUUAUGCAGAAGAAUGGUGCUGGGCUACAUACAGCAAGCUCUUGCUUCUGGGACAACUCCAGUGAUGGAACCUGCACCGUGAGAUGGGAGAAUAAGACCAUGUACUGUAUUGUCAGUGCCUUUGGACUCGCAAUAUGAUUGCCUUGGAAUCAGUCAUACUUCAGUUCUUUUCUACUCUGGCACUUGAUUCCAUCUCUGCUCAAACUGUGAAUGCACUGAACAACUUCCAGUUUUAAUGUACCUUUUUCUGUAACUUUUUUCAAAUGUGAAAACAUGCUGUUACGUGGUUUGUGUUUGGAGUUUUAGUAUUGUACCAGUGUUGCCACAGUCUUAAAACUUCAAGAACUUCUCUUUAAGGUGCUAAUACUGAAAUCUGCUGCAGCGUAAACAUGUUCUCUAGAUUUCUUUUUUAAAACCAAAUUAAAGACGACACCAACUUUCACACUUUGUACUCUUGGUUAGCAUUAAAUUAUUGAAAUUCA